AUGGCUGCUCCGCAACAACAGAUAGACUUGACCAAGCUUCAACCACAGCAGCUUGUGGAAGUCCGCAAGCAGAUAGACCAAGAGAUCCAGCAUUUUACCCAAUCGCUUCAAGCACUUCAAACCGCACAGGCCAAGCUCAGGGACUGUGUCGCAAGUAUUGACAACUUGGAGAAGAGCCAAGAUGGAACAGGCUCCAAGGACUUGUUGGUCCCCUUGACUAGCUCGUUGUACCUUCCAGGUCAGGUGGUGAAGAAGAACGAAUACUUGGUGGACAUAGGGACGGGCUAUUUCGUGGAAAAGAACGCACCCGAUGCUAAAAAGGUGUACGACGUGAAAAUCGUCAAAUUGAGUGAAGAUGGUGCCAAAUUGAAGGAUAUCUUGAUGAGCAAGAAUGAGAUGUUGAAUAGAGUUAACAUGGUCUUGAGGGACAAGAUGGUGGAGUACGAAGCCCAACAGAAGAAUUAG